CAUCAAUUGGAGCUACGUAUCUUCUGUAAUAGAAGCUGGUGCGACGCUGCGUUUUUGGGUGACAAUCUUGAUUUUCCUUCUCUUUUGUUGAUGGCUCUUAUGUAUGUUGUUGUUGGUGGGCUGUGACAUCCUUGUAGACUGAAUUUGGGUGUUUUUACCGUCAAUUUACAUAAUAAGAGAAGAAGAGGGCGGACUCCCUAUAAGUCCCGUGGUUUUUAUCCUUCACAUCGAAGGGGUUUUCCACGUAUAAAAAUCGUGUGUCGUUUGCAUCUUUAUUCUUCAUAUUUGAUUGUGGUUUAUUUGAUGUGCUGCUGAUUUUGUGUGCUUGGUUAAUCAAUUGUGGUAAAUUGGGUCAAGUGUUUGGUUGGUUGUCUUGAAGUUGAUCCUUGUAGGUGUCGUAUCCUACUUGUUGCUUCUCCCCCAACAUUUUGUAUCAAAGCAUUGGUUAAACCGUAGAUAUGGAGUCUGGAAAUAUUUCUAUGGUUAAAUUGACAUCAACGAAUUAUUCCAUUUGGCGUCCUAUGAUGGAGGAUUUGUUAUAUUGUAAAGAUUUGUUUGACCCAAUUGAUGUAGAUAAAACCAAGAAGGAUGACGUGCCCACUAAACCAGAGAAGAUGACAGAUAAAGAAUGGGAAAAAGUGAAGAGAAAGACCUUGGGGACUAUUAGACAGUGGAUUGAUAUUAGCAUAUUCAAUCAUGUAUCCCAAGAGACUGAGCCACUCGAGUUGUGGAGAAAAUUGGAGGGUCUUUAUGAGAGAAAGACUGCUCAUAACAAGGCCUUGUUGAUUAAGAGGCUUGUUAGUCUCAAGUUGAAUCCGGGAAAAUCUGUUUCUGAGCAUCUUAGUGUUUUUCAAGAUAUCAUUAACAAGAUGACUGUGAUGAAAAUUGUUUUUGAUGAUGAGUUGCAGGCUUUAUUCCUAUUGAGUUCUUUGCCAGAUAGUUGGGAGACUUUGGUUGUGUCUAUCAGCAACUCAGCUCCAGAUGGUGUGCUUUCAUUAGAUGUCAUUAAAGAGAGCAUGUUCAAUGAUGAGCUUAGAAGAAAGGAUAUGGGUGUUGACAUUUCACAAACACUUGUGGUAGAGAAUAGAGGAAGAAGCAAAAGCAGAGGUCCCAAGGGGCGUGGCAAGUCAAAGUACAGGUCCAAGUCCAAGGAUGGGAGAGAGCCCACGAUAUGUCACUAUUGUAGCAAACCUGGCCAUAUUCAAAAGUUUUGCUAUAAGAUGAAAAGAGACCAGCAAAAGAAGAAAAAUGAUCAUCACAGAGAGGGUGAUGACAAGAAUACAACAUCAACAGCUUCUACUUCAGAUGAUGGUGUUUCAUUGGUUUGUACUGUAGGUGAUUGUUGUCAUGUUGGUAACUCUGAUUCUGAAUGGCUUGUUGAUACAGGGGCUUCUUAUCAUUGUGUUCCUCAUAAGGAGUACUUUAUUGACUAUCGAGCUGGAGAUUUUGGUAGUGUGAAGAUGGGAAACCAGAGUUCAGGAAGUAUUGUUGGAAUUGGAGAUAUCCGGGUUCAAACCAGUGUUGGGUGCUAUAUGACUUUGAGAGAUGUUUGCCACAUUCCAGAUUUACGCCUCAAUUUAUUGUCUGCUAAUAUACUUGAUCAAGAAGUGUGUGCUAGUGAGUUGAAUGCUGUUGAGGAGAAAACUUCUCCUAACUUAUGGCAUCGCAGAUUGGGCCAUGUUAGUGAGAAGGGUAUAAAGCUGUUGGCUGACUAUGAUCCAACAAAGAAAAGAGUUGUGAGGAGUAGAGAUGUUGUAUUUUACGAGCACGAGAUGGGUUUUCAUCUCUUAGGUGAUGGUAAUACUUUUUAUACUGAUUUAUCUCAUGGUGCUAUUGAUAUGUCUCAUGUUUCUGUUCCAGAUGUUCAACAAACAGGUGAUGCUCCUGAUGAUGGUCAUGAAAAUACUCAUGAACAUGACCGUAUUGAACAGGUACAACUAGAGAUUGUGCCACAACCUGAUGAUGAAGCUGUUGAAAUAGAAAGUGGAGAGUCUUCUAAUCAGGGGGAGCAAAACAGCCCACAGGUGGAAGAGCCAACAUUGAGAAGGUCAACCCGAGUUCGACAACCUUCAAGACUUUAUCCAAGUUCAGAAUAUAUCCUAAUCACUGAUGAGGGGGAGCCUGAAAGCCUUAAAGAGACAAAUACAGACGAUAAUUGUCUGUGUCGCACAGACAAUUAUCGGGAAAUGAGUUGUGAGGAAUUACCCACAAACGCUUGCGCGUUUUCGAUCUCGUCGUCGGGGAAGCGGUGCCUGCUGGAGAACUCGCCGGCGAAGGAAGACGGGAAGGUGGAAUACCAAUGCAAGACGUCGGAGGUGGUGGUCGGGAUGAUGGCCGAGCACAUUGAGACCGACCAGUGCGUCAGGGAUUGCAGCGUUGACCGGAACUCCGUCGGAAUCUCGUCGGAUUCCCUGCUGGAGCCGGAGUUCACCCGCAAGCUCUGCUCCCAGUCUUGCCAACAGAAUUGCCCCAACAUCGUUGACCUUUACUUCAACAUGGCUGCCGGAGAGGGGGUAUAUUUGCCGGAACUGUGCGAGAAGCAGAGGAACAGCCCACACCGAUCGAUGAUAGAGUUGUCGAGCAGCGGAGCCGUGGAUGAGGUGGCGGCAUUCAGCCCGGAAAGUUCAAGCCUUGCUGCUGCCGCCGCUUCGCCGGCGGCUUCUCCGUCCGCUUAAUUAAACACAUAAAAGUAUUGUACUUUACCGCUUUCUAUACUAUCAGCUCCUCAUAUAUACAUAUGUAUGCAGAUUUUUUGUUUGUUGAUGAGUCUUUUAAAUCUUCCGUGUGUGUACGUAGUUAAAUAUGAUAUACCAGCUAGUACUAAGAGAAUUUCACUUGUGUACGUACGUACUGUUUCUGUUC